AGAUAUGUGAUGCGAAACGACGAAAACGCAGAAGGCAGCUCUCAAACCCUCGCCCUCGUCUUCUUCUUCAAUGGCGGAUGCCCGAUCUUAGCCGACCAACCCCAUGCUCCUCCCACAUCUCCCUCUUGACCUUCCCUCUUCGCCCCACGAUAACUCACGCCCGCCUCCACCGCUUACGCCCGCGGCGGCGGCGGCGGCGGCGGCGGAAGCAAGGCGUGAUCCUGAAGCCGCCUCAGAAGAAGACGCAACCGUUUCCCCAACCCCCGACGUCGUCAUCCCCGAUCUCCGUGAGGAGCCACCAGCACCACCUCCCCGAUCGCCGGAGCUCCGCCGCGAUUCCUCCUUCAAUCACAAAAAGCCUCCUUCCGCCAAGCAGAAGUUGGCGCUACGCACCGCCUCUUUCCGCCCAGUUCCUUUCUCCCCUGAUGACGCGCUAGCCACCCUCAAUAUCGCGGCCCACGAGACCCUCUUCCGCGCCCUCGGCCUCUGGGACUUUGCUCGUCUCCCAUUGGACCGCGGCAUCCGUUCCGACCUGCUCGUACCCCUCAUCGCCAACUAUGAACCCACAAAACGCCGCAGCUUCGUCGGUGACCUACGCGUCUCGAUCAGCCGUCCGGACCUCGCGCGCGCUCUGAUGCUCCCCGUCACGAAGGAUAAGUCUGGCUGCCCUGAGCCUCGCGCUGAGGACAACAUCCACGAUUUGUUCUCCAGGGAGGACUCGAUUUCCGCCGUUGUGGACUUCAUGUCGGUCUUCUUGCUUUUCCAAUUCCAGGAUGAUGCAUGCAUAUGGCCCACUGAGGUUGUUACAGCGCACCGGAUGGUGAAGGAAGGGCUGCUGCACAAGGUCGACUGGGCUGGGUUGUUGUGGAUGUUUGUGGAGAAGGAAUUGCUCGACGUCCCCAACUCAGGGGUUUACCACUAUGCCUCGCACCUCCAGUGCUUGAUAAAAUACCAACAGCCGAGAUUGUUUUUGGAAUCUGAAUGUAAGAUUGAGCCUACUCCUGAGGUUGAGUGUGAAGUUGAGAACUCCACGGAUGUAGAAAUGGAAGAAGACGAUGAUGCCGAAGAUGCCACUGAGUAUGCUGCUUCAAGGGCUAGAAGCUCAGAUGAUUUUGGUGUUUCCAUUGAAGAGAAGUGUGUGCCUGUGUUAUCUUCAGAACUGGGAGGUGAUUCUGAUAUGGCAGAUAGCUUUGAACAGUUCAAGGAGGGAAAGAAGCAGCAUAUAGAGGUGGAAAACAAUGGAGGUACAGAACAUUGUUUGAAGCUUUGCAAUUCACAUGGGACGAGAAAUAUGGAGUUUGAGAAUCUAUGUAUUGGAGAUGGGGAUGGUUGGAAAGAAGAGGACUUUGGCGAAGAGUUCUCAGGAAAAUAUGAUUUCUUGGAUAGGAUGGGUUCAUUUGAUAGGCUAACAUCAACUGACCUGGUUGUGGAUCAAGAUGGCGUAUUUUUGAUGAUGAGUGAUGGGCAUAAGACCAUGCCUCUAGACCAUGAGAAUGAUAGAGCUUAUUUUUCUGCUGAUAAUGGAAAAAGAAAGAUUUGUGAGAUAGACGACGAAGAAGAAGAUGAGGAGGAUGAAGAAACACAGGCAAGGGAGCAGAGUUAUCAACAAAAAAGGCCGAGGAGCAGCACAGUUUGGGAGAGUCCCCCAUCAGGAUUUGAUUCUAUCAUGGAGCAAACCCAAUUGUAUGCGGGAAAAGCUAUACUGCUUUCUGCAGAAAAAAAGAAAGCAUGCAUCAAUACCCAGUUACAGUUGCAGUAUUUGAAUGAGAUUCUUCAGCAGAAGGAUAGGGUCAUUCAGUCCUUGGAGAAGACAAGGGUGGAGGAGCAACAGAAGUGGCGCAUGGAGGCUUGUCGUUAUGAGCAAGAGAUCUAUUUGUUAGGUAACUUGAUGAUUGGUUGUAGGAGGGCAUUGAAUGAAUCACGUAGAGCUUUUACAGAAUAUAGAAAGAAGUACCCACAGGGCGAAGAGCCUCUCUACAAGGAUGUUAUCGGUUCUGGUGGUUUGGUUCUCAGCACAAAUGAGUUGGAGAGGCGACGUUUGGGGAAACAGAACGAACUUCGUUGUGCCACAAUGAACAUAGUUAAUAGUUUUGAGAAGGAAUGGAUGCUUAAGCUUGAACGUUCUGCCUCAUCACUUCUGACUCUGUGCAGGCGGAUCAUGGAACUUCAAGUAGAGAUCAAACUUUUGAAGGAAAGGUUUGAAAAAUCAGUGACAUCAGCUGCUUAAAUACUCGCAGAGACGAAGCUUCCAAUCCAAUUGCCUCAUUUUAUCCAUUUACGGUUAUUACUAUCUAUAUGGUUUAGUAGUUUUGCAACUUUUUAGACGUUUGAUUAUGCGAUUCUAAGUUAAUCUGACAGAUCAUAUACCUCAUACCUGAACAAAGUGAUGGCUUCUUUUGUACAUGUUUUUAAAGAUGUUUUGGUGCACAAUUUGAUCUAACUUUGCUUAAAGAUAGCAUCUAUGUCAUAUAAAAUAGUUCGUUUAUGAACUUUUGGGAGACGGUCAGCACCCAGCUAGAUGUCUUUAUGAUAGAACCAUAUAGAUACUUGUACAUUAAAUCUGCAACAUAUAAAGAACUGUUAUGCUCUUGAUAUUUGUUAGCUCUUGAUAGGUGCUCAAUUUGGAUUAUACAAGUAGAAGUCUGUCCCAGAUAUUAAUUUGCGCGGCAAACAUUUUCGAUGUGGAUCUCUUCAAGUUCAUGUCAGGCCUGCACUGUGAGUCAAUAGCUAAGAAUUUAAACGAAGAUACCAUUUGUUUGCAACUCGAUUCUAAAGAGCUUGUUCCUAUCUUGUUCAAAGUUUAGUUUGUGCAAUUUAGCAUACAAAAUGUAAGUAAACAUAAAUAAAAACAUUUCAAAAGGGCAAAAACUUGCACUUCGGAAUACUUGCGAGUCUCCAUAUGAUUUGGCUUUCAAUUUAGUUUCUUUACUUCGCUACAUUGGCAACUAAUCUUGGACUAGCAGACAAUCUUAGCAACUCAAACAGCUAAACUUGGUGAGUUCUGGAUGAGCACCGGCGAAGGUGAUGGAUCCUCUGCCAUCUCUGUCAAAUCCACCGCUAGGGCUUUCACAUUCGUUCGGCAAAGCGGGCACGUUGGGUUUGAGAACAACCACAAAUCCACACACUCAACAUGAAACAAAUGAUUGCAGACCAGCAACUGCCUCACCAUCUCCCCCUCCGCCACAGGGCUCAGACACACUGCACAGUUCGGAACCACUGCUGGUGAGCCCAAGGAAUUCAUGGCAGUGGUGGGGCUUUUGUAGGUGAAGGUGGGGAUGAGGGCGAUCUCUACCUUGCUGAGUCCAGCAUGCGAAGGUAGCGGUGUACCGUGAUGGUGCUGGUGAUUCCGGUGGGGGAUGACGAGUGGGAUGGCGAUGUGGUGGUGGCGCUUGCUGCAGAUGAUGCAGACAGCGACCAAGAAAAGAAUGCCAAUGCCAAUGAAGAUGGAGAUGGUCGUGAUCUGGUCCUUAUGCUGUUGCUCAGCAUCUGUGGGCAUGGUUGCAUUCCAGACACUAAAGUGUUUAUAGUUGCUUGUUUACGUAGCAUUUGCGGCAAAUCAUGGUGGAAUUAUUUGUUAUUUUAUUUGACGACGUAGCCAACUUAUGUGAAAUAUCAGAAGAAGACACUAGCAAUGCUGUCUUCAAAGUUUCCAGGUCAAAUCCUUUCCUUAUGUAGGAUUGAAUAUAUAAUCUUUUAGAAAAUGGAAACUUCACUGAUUUUUUACUUCAAA